AUGUCAUCGCCAGACCCCAGCGUAAUCGCAGCAAAGCGCGAAGCAGACUACAAGCGCUUCAAAAACUACGCCGCCUACACCUUCCUAAUCGGCGCACCAAUCCUCAUCGCCCUCCCACCGCGCAAACUAGACCCCCUCACAGUCCUAGUCCUCUGCUCAUUCGGCGCCUCAGCCAACCACAUCGUGGCAGACCGUACAGGCCGCAGCAUCGUGGACCGCAUCGACGCGCGGAUCGCCGGUUUCUCAGGCGGAAUCUCCAGCCUACCUAGUGAACGGGCGCAAGAAAUCCAAGAGCGAUUACGCGCCUCGCGCGAUGCGCAGAUUCGCGAGGCCGAGGCCGAGCUUUUGAAGGCGCAGGCUGAUGCGAAUGCGCCUGGGACUGUUAGUGAGGAGAUUGAGAAGCUCAGAGCUAGGCAGUUGCAUGAGAAGGGGGUUGUGUCGCGGGUUUGGAUGGGCGGGGAGGCUGAGGGGUGGAAGGAGAAGAGGUUGCGGAAGGAGCAGGAGGCUCUUAGUGAGGGGAAGGGUUAUGGUGAUUUGAUUCAGGAGCAUAUUUGGGAUGUGUGGACUUGGGGUGGGAAGGAUGGGGAGGGGGGAAAGGACGUUAAGGAUGUCAAGGGGGGACUGGAGGUUGAGAAGAAAGAGUGA